CUGUUUUGAAACAUUGCCUUAAACAAACAGGGAAAGAGGCAAAAAAUGAGGCCGAAACUUUUCUUUUUUGGAUAUAUUUGGCGGCUCAAUUCCAAACAAUUAGCGCCAAUACUUCAUUUUCCACAAAUUUUGAAAUUUUGCCGCCCUAGUUCCCCCACCUAUUUGGUGUUUACCAAAAAGUCAAAUAGAACCCUUCACCUAAAACUACAAUUCAUCCAAUUCUCAUUUCCCCCCAUUCCUCCAUAGCCUUCACUGCUUUCGCAGAUUCAACUCUAUUGAAGCCUGAAUCCUUCAAUCCCCGAUGGAUAGCGACGACGAUUACGAAUCUUUUUCCCCUCCCGAAGAAUCAUUCUCAGAGCCCCGGGAUAGGUUCAAACGCUUGAAAAAACCUAGAGCUAUGGUAGUACCAAGCGAUUCGUCGUCGUCGUCUCCGCCGUCCGAUUCAAUUGAGCCUGUGAUUGGGUUUCCGGAAGUUGGUUCUGCCCAAUUGGAAGCCAGAGAAUUUGCCACCUCCGAAACCCUAAAUUCUCUCGUCGAUGACGACUCAAACGAUUCUUUACGGUUACAAAUCGAGUCCAAAAUGGAGACCGAGGAAAAUGACAGUCUAGGUGACUUGCCAGUUGAUGAUGAAGUGCCAGAUCGGAAAGAGGCUAAGAGGGCUUUGGAAUUUGAUGACCCGGAUGAUGCUGAGAGCGAUGGGAAUCUGAGUGGAUUGGAGAAGAGGCGGAGUAGUGAAGGGGGUUUAAGUGAUAACAAAGAUGGCGAGAAGGAGGAGAAAAUGGAAAGCAAGAGAAAGAAAAACAAAAGAAUUAAGAGUGAUGAGAUGAAAUCUAAACCUUUAGCGUCGGAUAAAAGGAAGCAGGAAAAGGAAAGAAAAGCUUAUCUCAAGCAACUUCAUGCUGAAUCCCAGAGGAUAUUACGAGAGUCUAGUGAGGCGGCAUUCAAGCCUAUACCAGUUGUUAGCAAGCCUAUAUCCUCAGUCUUGGAGAAAAUUCGUCAGAGGAAACUUGAAUUGUCUAAAAGGAACAGGAAUGUGCCAGUAACUAGCAAUCCUUUCAUCUCUGAGAACAGUACUUUAAGAGAUGAUAGCAUGGGGUUUGAGUCCAGGAGCAGAUCAACGUUACAUAGAGAGGUUGGAUUAGAAAAACCAGUAGAGGAGACUGCCUAUGAGGAUCCUGGAAAUUUUGUUGGUAGAAAUGCUGUAGACAAGGAUGCUUCUACUGAACGUGCAGGGCCAUCAAGGAGUAAAAAAACUCACUUGGACAAGCUAUCCCUCACAGAAACAUCACCGCCAAUAUUUAGAGCUCCUAUCAAUGAUACAGAGGAUAUUUUUUCAAAUUCGGAGUCGCAAGAUAGUAAAGAUGAGCUGUGUGUUGAUCUUGAGGACAGUCCUGAUGAUGAAAUUACGGAGCCAUCUUUGCCUGCUAUGAAUUUGAAGUUUGAUUCUGAUCCUUAUGAAGACAGUUCAUCAGAGGAGGAGGAUGAUGACAAGGAAAAUAUUGAUCCUCUCCUUCAUAGAAAUGACAAUAGUUCUGUUCCCCUAAGAGGUGCUCCGGCUGAAGCUUUUCUUGAUGAUGAAGCUGAGGAAGAAGAUGAUGGUGAUGAUGACUUAUUACGCUUCAAGGAAAAUGAAGAGGAGGAAGAUAUGGAAGAUUUUGAAGAACUUAAUGAUAUCAUAGCCACUAACUAUUCGGAGAAGCCAGUUGAUCAUGAUAGGCGUAAUGAACUUCAUCAGAAGUGGCUUGCACAGCAAGAUGCUGCUGGAACAGACAAUCUGUUGCAAAAAUUGAAGAUUGGUUUGAAACCUGAAGAUGAUAUUUUCCUUGAUGAGGGUGAUGAAAAAGAAGUUAGCGGGGAUGAAGAAGACUAUGACCAUCAAGAGGAGGCACCAAAACUAUCUACUUGCAUGAGUACAAAGAAAGCAAAGGAAAUCAUUACUCAGAUGUUUGUGGAUAAAGAUGACGCAUUCUUAUCUGAUGAAGAUGAGGAAACAGAGAAGCUUCGAGUGAAGCAGCAACUUCUUAUUAGGAGUGUAAGUUAUCUACUUUGCUCUGUCUCUCUUCUCUUUUCAGAAAUGGUCAUGAUUCGGAAAUUGAAACAGGAACAGCAAAGUGCACUCAUUUCUCCAAUGGAUGAUGAAAGCUCCCGAGAAGUGUUUGGUCUCAUUAAGAAGCAUAACAUCGUGCCAGACAAUAAGAAGAAAGCAAAAGCGUCAUCGUACUUUGAUUCAGUUUUAAGAGGAGGAAGUAACACGAGUUUCUCUAAGCCAUCUUUCCGCGGUCGGUUGUCAAAUCAUCUUCCAUCAUCCCGCAAGCAAAGUUCAGGUGCUGCUAGAUCCUUUAUUUUUGGGAGGGAUGACAGCAACAGCAGGAGUUCAAUCUCAAUAUCCGAUGACUCUUCAGAUACAAUCUUCAAAGAAACUCAAGUUACUAGGAAUUCCUCUGCCACAUUUAGCAGUUCUCAGGCCAAAUUCAGCAGUCAAUACAGAAAUACUACAACUAUCCGAUCAUCCAGCGCUUCUCUAAUUGAUAUCUUGAAGCGAGCCUCAACCCAAUCUGCAAUACCCAAUAACGGCGAUCCGGUUGAUUUGACUCAUGUUUUGGCUACUUUUAAAGUUCCUAAGAAGCCUAUUCGGGUAGACGUGAGAAGCUGAAAUACUGGGAACUCUCAGUUAAGCAUAGGCUACAACGAGGUGAAGCAAACUAGUGGACGUCUAUCCUCAUGUCGAAUAGAAACUAGUUUUGCUAGACUCUGUAUAUUGAAUGCUCUCUCCGCUAUGAUUGAAGAAUCGUGGAAGUAGAGAUAUUCCAGCGGGCUCCUUAAUUUCCUUUGAUAUGCUCAGCUUUUCCCUUAUUUUUUGCUUGAUGGGAUUUUAUUCACAAGCAUUCCUCUUUCUCCUGAUCGUUAUUACGUUCAUUAAUUUCUGUUCAUUGAAUGUAUGAAAAAGUACGAUUAAUUUCAGCCUUCAUUAACUAUUGUUAUCCUCUGCUGUAUAUUAGAUUUUCUCCCUCUGCUGGU